AUGUCCGAAGCGAGACUGCAACGGUAUGCUUUAUUUCUUGCUGCCUAUAAUUAUAAAAUUGAGUUCAUUAAUAGUGAAUCUAAUGUAGCUGAUUAUUUGAGUCGGUUUCCCAUUGAUUGUGAUUCGUCGCGGGAUACGGCGCACGUAGAUGACGUCACCCGUUAUGUUAACGCGCUAGCGGCUGCUGGCGCGCCACUGCCCGCUUCAUUAGACGAGCUGCGGGCCGCUUUUCAUAAAGAUAAAGUUCUGUCACUUGUCAUGCAAUAUGUGACCAAAUCGUGGCCACGGAAAGUGUCAUCAGAACUUUUGCCAUAUAAUAGAUGCCAGCAUGAAUUAUAUGUUGAUAGCGGAGUCCUCAUGAGAGGUCACAGAAUUGUAGUGCCUACUGUUUAUAGGGCUGCUGUGCUACAAGAACUGCAUGCUGCGCACUUAGGAGUAAUUAAAAUGAAAAUGAUUGCUAGAGAACGCUGUUGGUACCCGGGUAUCGACAGUGACAUAGAAAACAUGGUUUCUAACUGUGGUCGUUGCAUAUCCUUGCGACCAUCUCCUGCGAAAGCGCGCUUGGAGUCGUGGGGGUGGCCUGACUCUGUUUUCGGAAGAAUCCAUUUAGAUUACCUCGGCCCAAUUCAUGGGAAGAUUUUUCUUGUACUAGUCGAUGCGCAUAGUAAAUGGAUUGAAUGCGAAUUAAUGUCAAAUUUUUUAUCAAAAGAACUUAUCAAUAAAUUAAAAAAAAAUUUUUCACGUUUCGGCAUUCCAAAUAAAAUAGUCACAGACAAUGCCAAAACCUUUGUUUCGUCUGAAUUUUCUAAGUACUGUACUGAUAAUGGCAUAACUCACAUUUUAUCUCCUGCGUACUCGCCACAGAGUAAUGGACUCGCCGAGAACGCAGUAAAGACUUGUAAGCGGUUUAUUGUGAAUGCUAUCAAGGAUUGUGGUUUUAAAGACUUCGCUAAUCACUUAGAUAACUAUUUGUUUCACUAUCGGAAUACACCGCAUUGUACGACGGGAGUAUCACCUGCAUCGCUUAUAUUCGGUCGGAAUUUACGUUGUAAACUUGAUUUAGUCGCUGUUAAGCGUUCAAAUUUAGAUCGAAAACCUCUAAUACAUAAAAAUGUGUUAGUGAAUCAAAAUCGUCAAAAAUUGUAUUUUGGUGGUAAAAUUAAAGCAUUUUCGAUUGGGGAGAAAGUUUGGGUACGAGACUAUCGAGCCAAUCCCAAAAGACCAACAUGGAUCCUUGGCCAGGUCGUUGCACGCUUAGGUAAAGUUCUAUAUGAUGUGGCGAUACAGAGAUCCGAUAUCAUUUGGAGACGUCAUGUGAAUCAGUUAAUGUCAGCCAAAUCACAUAACAGCAGUCGUGGUGAAGCGGCGUGGACGUUUGAGGAUAUGGGCGUUGGGAGCACGGCAGGUCCCAGUGCCUCUCAUGAUACACCUGCAUCAUUACCUCUCAAUAGCCCAGGUGGUGCGCUAGCCGCACAACCACCGGGACCUGACGGCGGUGAGGCGGCACCGGUGCUGACUCACGCGGAGUCUGACAUGGGAGACGUGUCCCCACCGCCUCAAACCUCCACGACCAUGCGCACUCGAUCUGGCCGCGCUAUUAAACCACCUAAACGCUUAGUUUUAUAA